CUGAAACUACUCAGUGUUAAAGUUUAUUGUGUUUAAUUUUUUUUAAGGUUCAAAAGGAUGAACAACCCACCAACAGAUGCAGCACCUCCUUCUCUGAAGCGAAAUUCAAAUGAUGUGGGAUGGGAAUUUGGAGUCUUAUGUGAUCCGAGAAAUUCAGACAAAGUCAAAUGCAAGUUGUGUGGAAAACAGUUCUCUGGUGGUGUUUUCAGGAUGAAAGAACACAUUGCUCAUGUGAAAGGGAAUGUCUCACCCUGCCCUGUUUCAUCUAAAGCGGAUCAAGAGAAGUGUAAGCAGGCAAUUCUUGAUGCAAAAGAGAAGAAGAAUUUGAAAAGGAAACAUGAUCAAGCAUUGAGGGCAGAGGUGAACAUAUACAAGGACAUCAAUACUGAGGAACUGGAAAAAGAGUUGGGAACUCUUAAAAGUCCUCACUUCCAAGGUCCUAUUGAUCAGUAUGCAACCUCCAUUAACCCUGAAGCUUCUUUGGCGGCACAAACACGACAACAGAGUAUCCAUGAUGCCAUAUCUAAGGAGAAGACACAUGCAGUCCGUCAAUACUGUUCUAGAUGGAUUUAUGAGGCAAAUAUUGCUUUCAACGCUAUUGACAACGACAGUUUCAGGAUGUUUUGUGAAGCGUUGGGACAGUUUGGGCCUGGUUGGGUUCCUCCAAGUCAGUAUCAGCUUAGAGAGCCAUUGUUAAAUGAGGAACAACAAAGGACCAAGGAAAAGUUGAAGAGUCUAGAAGAAGAAUGGGAUAAAGAAGGUUGCUCAGUGAUGACAGAUGCAUGGACUGAUAUGAAGAGAAGAAGCAUAAUGAAUCUGUGUGUCAACUCAAGGGGAGGUACAUGUUUUCUUUCAUCAAAAGACACUUCUAAGGAUUCUCACACGGGUGAGUACAUCUUCAAAUACAUUGACCAGUGGAUUGAAGAUAUUGGAGCUGAAAAAAUAGUGCAAGUGGUCACUGAUAAUGCUACAAACAACGUGGCAGCUGCAAAGAUGCUGAAACAGAAGAGACCAAGGAUAUUCUGGACAGGUUGUGCUGCUCACACUUUAGAUUUGAUGCUUGAGGCCAUUUCCAAACUUCCUGGUAUUGCAAAGAUAAUUGAUCAAGCAAAGGCUGUUACUAUCUUUGUAUAUGCUCAUCAUACAACACUGUCCAUGAUGAGAACAUAUACAAAGAAAAGAGAUAUCGUGAGACCAGGAGCAACAAGAUUUGCAACUUGCUUUUUGACUUUGCAAAGCCUAUACGAGAAGAAGGCACAACUGAUGAGCAUGUUCGGCAGCGAUGAAUGGCAUGACUGUAAGCACUCAAAGUGUGUGAAGGGUAAAAAUACGUUUGAUACAAUUAUGAGUCAUGGCUUUUGGAGUAGUGUGACGGUUGUGUUGAGGAUCUUCAGUCCUUUAGUGAAGGUUCUAAGGCUGGCUGAUGGAGAGAAAGUACCUUCUCUUGGAUUCAUUUAUGGUGAGAUUGUCGAAGCUAAGAAGUCUAUCAAGGAAGCUUCAAAUCAUGUGGAGAAAAACUACCUACCUAUCUUUCGGAUCAUUGAUGAGAAAAUGAAAGAUAGGUUAGAUUGUCCUUUGCAUGUUGCUGCCUACUUCCUCAAUCCUUAUUAUUUCUACAAAGAUCCAGAAAUUCUAAGUGAUUUUAAGAUCAUGGAUGGAUUCAUAGCUUGUGCUGAGACUUUCUAUCAUGGCGACUUUGAGAAACAAGAUAAAGUUGUGAAUCACGAGAUCAAUUUUUACAAGAACAAAAGUGGCUCAUUUGGCAGACCUUUAGCACUGAAAGGAUGUGAAAUUAAGAAUGACAAAUUUGAUCCAGGUUUGUAUGUUCAUAUUAUUUGUUUUCAUUAACUUCAGAUAUUUAUUCAUCAUAUGUGACUGAAUUGAUCGUAGGGAAUUGGUGGUCCACAUACGGAUGUGGUACACCAACUCUUCAAAAGAUGGCUACAAGGAUCCUUGCUUUGACGUCAAGCUCUUCCGGAUGUGAAAGAAACUGGAGCUGCUUUGAAGGGGUUAGUUUAUUAGUUUUUUUUUCUCUAAAAAUGUGAUAUUAUUGCUGAAAUUCAUUACUCUUUUAUUACAGAUUCACACAAAAAAAAGAAACAGGCUGGAUGUCAAUCGCUUAAAUAGCUUAGUCUAUGUGCAAUUCAACGCAAAACUGUUUAAGAAGCAGAAAAAAAUUAGAGAGCAAAAUGCUGAUGUGAUAUUCGAUGAUGGUAAUGAAGAUACAGUGGAAGAAUGGCUUGUAGGCCGUGUAGAAGAGAUGGAUAGUGAUCUUAAUUUGCUGCUUGUAACCCAAGCUCCAAGGGUAAGAGAUCUAUAUGAUGAUGACUUUGAGUCUGAAGAUGAUGAAGAAUAUGUUGUGGACAUGGAAUUUGAACCGGAUAUAUAUCAGCAUGUUCCUCUCUUCCAUGACUCACAAUCUAAUUAGUAAGGUUAGUAAGUCAUCUUAGAUCUCUGGUCAUUUUUGUAUCUAA